AUGACUAUAAAACCUCGGGAAAAGUUUGAUAAUGAUGACGACCCGGUAGAAUCUAUGUUGAAGAAGGCAGGAUGCCUAGAACUUCACUACAAAGUGCAAGAAUGCAUAGCAACAACUAAAGACUGGAGAAAAUGUCAGUCAGAAGUAAAUGAUUUUAAGGAUUGCAUUACUAAACAUAAGCAAGAGGAGAUGGCUAAAUUAAAUAGAUAAUAAAAUAUAGUUACUCUU